GCUCUGGAAGCUCCCCGCCACGAACUUCACCAUCUUCAAUUAUUUCCUUCACCCCGCCAGCAUAUUUUCUUUUUGAUCUUGGGAUAUGCCGCAUAAGAGCCAAAUAUCUUUUCUUAGACGCGCAUCAAUUGUCGCCCUUCUUUCGAUCUUUUGAACGCGACUUUCGAGAACGCGCGCAAUUCGAGCCACCAAAGAUCUCGAACCCGACUUCGAUGCGCAAUUGAAGGUCCCAAGUGUUUGAUGUCAGGAGACCAAUCUGAAGACUCGAUUACAUCCGACGUAUCCGAUAUCUCUUCUUUUGCGCGGUGGGAAGCGGAAACCGGUGAGAAGAUCUUGGACGAGAGAGAGGUUUCAAGAAGAGAUAUGGCGGAUCUGGCGAUACCUAGGGUGUGGGCCGAUCGGGAUAGCAGUAAUGAUUUGAGAAGCAGCGACGAGGAUAUGCCUAUUGUUCAGGUUAAGGGGACACCAAAGAGGGAGGGGAAGAUUAAAUAUGUGAGUUUACUACCCCUCCUCUGCUCAACUUUGCAGUUGUUGCGCGUCGCUUUUGGACUAAUGAUUUGGUUCAGACUCGAGCACCAAGCGUCUCCUCUUCCUCCUCUUUGGACUCCGACUUUGAACACCCUCCUUCUAGCCAGCCGCGCCCAAUGGACUCCGAGCCUGAGAAUGACGACUUUGACGACCCCCUUGCAGACUUUGACGUCGAUCCUUCCCAACGAGAAUAUAUGAUGGAGUUGUUAGACGUUGCUCCGGAAGAAGAGUUAGCGCAGUUGUCACAGCAGUCACCAGAACCAAAGAAGCUUAAGAAGCUCCUCGAGACGGCACAUGGGAAAGGACUGGAGCAAUUGUCGCAACUUUCUCAAGGUUCAAUUUUCACCAAGAAAGACAAAAAGCGGAAGAGGAAAAGUCAUGACGUCGGAAUCGAGAACGUGAUGGGAAACGCAAUGGCUGUAGUAGCUGCUGGGAUUGCUGGUGACACGGGAGAGGGGUUUCAGCAAGCGAUGAGCAUGGCCACCGCAAAGGUCAAGGAGAUCACUAGUACACUUACGCAGGAGAACUCUCAAAUCAUUACGUCUCCCGGUUCUGAGGCCGCGGAAUCUGGCAAGUCUCGCAAGAAACGUCACCGUCAAAAGCGCCAACAAUCGGAAGCAAUUAAACCAAGCAAGGCUUCAACUGAAGGCAGUAAUGCCCACACUACAAUGGUAAAAGAUAUCGCGCCAAUUUUAGAAACUGCCACUGACUGGUAUCAGGGUGAUGAUGCUACAGCUAUGGUAAUUGAUAUUGGAACUGCUGAGGCAGCCGAACAAGAGCCUAUAGAAAAUGGUGUGCCUGAGAAACAACACAAGAGUGUUGGGCUAGUAACAGCACAUGAUGAUGGUCAUGUUCCGAAAGCAAGUCAAAAAGCUGCUGAUAUCGCCUCCAAGGGUAUCGAUAGGGAGGAAGCCCCAGCGGACAACAAGUUAACGACCGUGGAAGAUAACCAUAAUGUGAAGGCUGCCAGACGGGCCGCGAAAAAGGCAAAGAAAGCUGAAGCAAGAGCCCCAAUUCCGGGACCUGUUAAUACAGCUCAAGUUGCCGAUAGUACUGUUCCUGCCAACGGCGUUGACAAUAAAACCUCUAACCCCGUAUCUGUGGUUUCAGGUGACGCAGAUAGCAAAAAGGCAGCGCGUAGGGCAGCGCGAAAAGCGAAGAAGAAGAAGAAGACGCUAGGGCCCACUACUUCGAAAUUCUUUCCUCCAGUAGCCCAAAGUACCGGAAGCCCAGGCCCUGCGUUGAGAGCAAGCCCCGAAGAAAGGAGAAAUAAGAAACUUGCCGUUCGGAAAGCUACGGCUAACUCUAACAAAAAGACCGCUCCCAAUCCAGUUCCCGCUCAAGUCUUCGAACAGAAUAACAGUCCCAAAAAUCGGGAAGAGAUUGUUCGAAAGCUUGCAAAGGAACUGAAAUUGACUGAAGCUGCAGUCAAUCUUUUGCUUUCAGCAAGAGAAGCCGUGGAGAACUCGGUGAACAAUCCCCUCCCUGGCACCACUACGCGACCUACCUUUUCAGGCACGACUAAGCCAAAGGACGGUGUUACUGCUGGAUCAGCGGCGAAUAAUGCGGUUCCUGGUGCUGGCGUCAUUUCCAAGUCCAGUCGUAAAAAGAGAAACAAGAAAGCUCGAAAUCACAAUGCCUUGAAAGAAGCCAGCAACUCUGCACCAAUUUCUAAACCAGUCCCUGAUUCAACCCCGAAGACAACAAGCGACCAGCAUCCAAAGAAUAAUCAAAAGGGAGCACAGAGCGUAGGAAUGAACACUACCGAGAAGAAGGCUGAAGUUUCUGGAAAGGAGACUAUGGAGGGGGAUUCUGCGCCUGGCCCUGUUCAAAAGCCUGUCGAGAAAUCUGAGCAGAAAAAGCAGCGUCGUGAUCGUGGCCGGAAAAGUAAGAAGGGUAAGAAUGGUACGAAUGGUGAAGAGGUAAUAGCAGAAAAAACAGCCACAGAAGCAGUUGAGCUACAAGCACCUCAGCCUGUCGGGCCCGAAAUGGAAGAUUCUAACAUCAGUCUGUCUGAAAAAAAGCUUAAAAAGAAAAAGAAAAAGUCUCUCGACAAGAGAACUGAAAUCCCCGAAACCCAGGAUUCUCAGGUCGCUGCAAUCCCAAGUCAAAAUUUGCUUCAAGAGACGAAGUCAAAAAACAAGAAGCGAAAGCCUUUCAGCACAGAUCCUGAGAUUGCAGAUACCCAGUCUCAAUUGCCAGCUGAAGAACCUCCUCAAGAAUCAAGGCCUAAGAAAAAGAAGCGGAAGUCUUUCAACAAUCAGACUGAAAUCCCCGAGACCCAGGAAUACGCCGAAGAGCCCUCCCAACCUCUUAUCGAUGUUACGGACAAUCAACCGCUGCCCCUAAAGACCAAGAAGAAAAAACGAGAGCGAAAGUCGAAGCAAGUGAGCCCUGAUCUGGACUCUACAAGCUUCGAUGUGGAAAUGGGCGAACCGUCAAAAGAUCACCACUCGUAAGAGACCAGGGCUCUGCGAGUGGUGGUAGAUACCUGGAAAAUAGGAAUAUAUAUACAGAACAGGGUAAUCAUGGUGAUAUGGAGGAUGCUGAGAACGGUGAGGGCAGCGGGAGUAGUGGUGACGAGGAUGAGAAUAUGGAUAUUACAGUUGAUAUUGAUGAGAACGAUUGGGAGACAUCAUCAAACGAAGCGGAGGAACCUCAGCCUAGAACGCCAUCCAAAGGCCUUACUGGCAGUUCUAAUCAUAAAUCUUUGAGGUCGGGAUCCAAGAGAAAGGCGAUUGGGUUGAAGACCGAGGCUGCGCUCAAGAAAUCUCGCACUAGUCCACGCGUAACAAAAGAGCGAGCGAAUCGGGGGCGGCACGAGAUCGUUACUCCAGUCAACGAGGAUCUCGAAGAGGGGAAUGAAGAGUCGCUUAUCGUUUCGGCUCCAAAAACACCGCAAGGAAGCUCACACUCGAAGAGAGAAAGAGCUAGGCUUCGUACCUUACAAAGAGAACUCGGAAUUGUUGCUCCUGUACAGGAAGAGGGGAAUGAAGACCCAUUUAUUGUUUCGGUUCCAAGAACGCCGCAAAGAAGCUCACACUCGAAGAGAGAAAGAGCUAGGCUUCGUACCUUACAACGGGAACUCGGAAUUGUUGCACCUGCACAAGAAGACAAUAAACAUACUCCAAUUUCCAGAAAAGCGUCGAAAUCAACAGAGAGAAUCACCCCAAAAGACAGAACACGCAGGAGUAUCUUGAGGCGAGAGCUUGGCAUUGUUUCUUCUACGGAUGAAGAACUAUCGAGUUUGCGUGAUGAGAGUCGCAACAGACGCACUUCAUCUGCUGCCUGCGAAAGAAUCUCACGCCUAGCGGAAUAUGAGGCACAGCCUGUAAACGUUUUUGAUGGGGUAUUCGGUGAUAGCGAUGUGGAACUUCCAAAGCCACGACGCUCUUCUGAAUCCCAAGUAUAUCUUCACAAGGAUGGAUACAAAAAGCUUCUGGGGGUGCGCUCAAGGUUUCCAACUUCCGAUGAUGAGUCCGUCUUUGAACCUUCAAUGUCGCGGCGUCGUCAUUCGACAACAAAUUCUUCUCCACUUCGAGAUUCGAAGGGUAGGGAGCCACCAGCAAGCAAUAGCAGUGCCGUUCAAACAAGGUCAGCAAGUAAAGGAAGGGAGAAUUCUCGCUCCUCGACAAGAAACACCAUUGUCCCAAACCCCCGAAUCGAAUCCCCACAAGAUCUCGGUCGAAGUCUUAUCAGACGAAGACCCAAACUUUUCAACAAUAAAACCGAGAUUCAUAGCUCAUCGGCAGAAGAGGACUCGAAUUCGGAGCUUAUGGGAAGCCAAUCAAAGCCAAACUUAAAUGCCAACAAGAAAAAUAUUGGUCAGUCCUCAAACAACAGAUCUGCUAUCCGCCCUCAUGAAGUCCGCCCAUCUAUAAACAAUACUGCCAGAAUCCCAUUCCCAGCCACAAUUCCGCCUGCAUCAGGGGAAGCUGGCCUUCGGUCCACGAAAUCGUAUGGCUCCUCUUCAGCUGGCCCCGCUAAAAAUAAAACGCCGGAAUACCCGAUGGAGUUUCAGGGAACUAAACCAGUCACUGGCAUACAAUCGAAUACUAGCAGAAGGCGUGAUUCGGUUUCCUUUUCUUUGCCAGGUGUGAUGAGACUGAAACGCAACAAAGCUGCUGACUUUUUUGAAGAUUAUGAACCUAGAAGUCUACCGACUUCUAGUGAUUUUGAUUCCCAGGAAGAGCCGGCCUCGAUGACUAUUCGUGGAGAUACUCAAAGGCCUGUGGAAGAGGAUUUGAUGGUAGCUCGAGAGGGUACUCGGAUGUCUACAGAUGAACCAUUUUCAACGGCUCUAAUGUUACAGUCAGACGAAGAGGCUUCACCUGAUUCCUCUUAUCGAACUGCGGUAGAAGAAUUUGAGCAAGAAUUUGAGCAAGAAUUUAAGCAAGAAUCUACGAGUCAACAGGUUCAACUGAAGGCCAUCAGUCCUCUGAAGUCUGUUAAAAAGACGAUAUCAAAGAGACAGCCAGCAAAGUCGCCUUAUUUUUCACAGACCACAGAAUCGCCCAAGAAAAGGGGUAAAGCCAAGGCAGCCAAGACUGAUAACCCAAUACAAGAUGUCACGGAGACACCCAAUACUCCAAAGAAAAGAUCUGCAGCAAGCCCAAACAAGCGUUCACCUGGUGGCAUUGUAUCGUGUAUUCCUUUCCCGCCUCUCUCUUCGCCAACAUUUGGGAUUAUUCAAGAGAAACUCGCUCAUGACCCUUUCCGUCAUUUAAUCGCUGUUACCUUCCUUAACCGUACCAGGGGAAAAACAGCCGUCCCGGUAUUCUAUGAACUUAUGAAAAGGUAUCCCACGCCGGAAGCUCUUGCCUCUGCGCCAAAAGAGGAUAUUGUGGAUAUCAUCCACCAUCUCGGUUUCCAAAAUCAACGUGCCGAUACCUUCAAGAAGUAUGGUCAACAAUGGGUCGAGGAUCCACCUAUGAAAGACAAACGCUACGCCGUCCGAGGAUACCCUGAGCAGGACUCUGGUCGUGACAUCGAAAGCGACGAAAUCCUCGCUGACGAAGAUCCUCGCAUUGCAUGGGAAAUUGGACACAUGACUCAAGGACCCUACGCCAUCGAUUCCUGGCGCAUCUUCUGUCGUGAUAUCCUUAGAGGCGUAGCGAAUUCCUGGAAUGGAGAGAAUGCAAAGGAAGAGAAUUUCCAACCGGAGUGGAUGAGAGUUGUCCCUGCGGAUAAGGAGUUGAGAGCGUAUUUGCGGUGGAUGUGGUUGAAGGAGGGCUUUCAUUGGGAUCCGUUUACAGGGGAGAAGGAGGUUGCGGGACGAGUGUUGAUGGUUGCUGCUAUGGAGGGGAGGAUUGCUUGGGAUGAUUUCGGGGGAUUGAGGAUUCUAGAAGGUGAUGAUGGUGAGGAGACGGGAAAUGAAAGGGGGAAAGCGAUUGUAGAUACUGGAGAGGUAGGAGAGGUAGGAGAGGAGGAGCUUGAUGUCAAUGCGGUUGGGGUUGAUGGACCGCCUGCGGAGAGAAGUUUGAGAUGA